AUGUCUGAAGAGCAGAUACCGAAGUCGGAGAGUUUGGCCUCCAAGGCAAAGUCCAAGAAGCGGUCUCGUGAAGACGACGGAGGACGUCGCAAGAAGAAGAAGACUGGCUAUGAGCAGGACGACAGCCUUUUGGACACUGAGCUGGGCGUCAAUACCGGCAUUGCUUUCAUGGACUCGCAGCUUAUGGCCGACCAUCUUGCGCAGAGAACGACAAAGUUUGGAACGGAUUUGAGUGCUGUGGAACUGGCAGAUUUGUACAUUUCUCCCGCCUCCAUUCAAGACACUACAUCAUGGCAAGAGCCCAGAACGUUGGCGAAGCUGCCUGAUUUCUUGGAAAAGUUCACAAAAGACCCCAAGGAUCUCACCAAGGCGCCGAAACAAAAAGGUGCACCUCACACGCUCAUCGUAGCUGGUGCAGGUCUAAGGGCUGCGGACAUUGUGAGAGCAUUGAGGAAGUACCAGUCCAAGGAGAACAGUGUAGCAAAGUUGUUCGCCAAGCACAUCAAAAUCGACGAGUCCAUCAAGUUCCUGAGUUCACACCGAACAGGCUUGGCAGUAGGAACCCCUCAAAGACUCACAGAUCUGUUGGAGAAUGGCUCUUUAUCAUUGGCCAACUUGCAGCGCCUUGUGGUGGAUGCUUCUCACAUUGAUCAGAAGAAACGAGGUAUCCUCGACAUGAAGGAGAUAACCAUGCCGCUCGCAAAGUGGCUGUCCAGAAAAGAGUUCAAGGACAAGUACACGGCCGAGGAGAAGCCGCUGCAGUUGCUCUUUUAUUAG